AUGCCGCUCUCGUUCACGCGGAACGAUUUAGGCGACUCGAACUUUUCCGGGUGCGAAGUUGCCGACAUUAAAAACGGCGACAUAAAAACCGCGUUGGAGAAAGCGACGCGCAUCGGAUUCGAUUUCAUCGCGUGUUCGUUGGAUGGAGACGACGCGUUUUACCGCAGAAACCGAAGACGGAGGAGGAGGAGUGGAGAAGCGUCUCGUUCUUCUUCGGAAGAGGACGACGGUGAUUUUAUUCAAAGACCGUGUGAUUUUCAACUCACGGCGGAGAGUUGGUCGAGUCGAGUCGUCGCGGUGUCUGCGUUCGGAUGCCCCGGCGAUUAUUACGAGCAUUUCAAAGGCGGAAAGAAUAAGAAACACGGAACGUGCGAGACUAUGUGUCGCAAACUCGAGGAGGAUUUGAGUUACGCGUCGCAUUUGAAUUUACACGCGGUUAUUAUUCGGACGUAUAGGCCGAGGUUCGACGACGAUGUGAGAAGCGCUUUCGAGACGUUUGACGAAGCGGUGUCCUCGCGAGAGGAGAACGAUAUUGAAAAGGUACGAGGAGACAUGAAUAGUUUUCGAGAGCACGCUUUAAUGAAAUGCGCGAGAGUGGUGAACGCGCACUUUGAAGAUUCGAUGGUGAAUUCGACGAGAGUGUGGUUGGAAUUUGAUUCGGUCGAUGACGAUUCGUACGCGAUUUGGCAAAAGUUUCGAGCGGCGUGUCACGGACACGAAAAUUUAGGUAUUUGCAUACGAAACGCGGGGGUUUACGAGCCUGUGUUAGAGAAAUCAUCCGCGGCGAACCAUUUAAACGGUUUGGAUUUCGAAAGCGCAAGACGUGAUAAGGAACGGGACGUGGCAAACGUUACGGGUCUCCUCGGAAAGAUGUGCGCAUACGAGAUGGUGCCUCGAGACGACGCCAGUUGGGAUUACUCAAAAUGGUUCGCGGAGCCGGUGAAAUGUGUGUGUGUGGAUACGUUUUGUUUUACGCCGAACAAACACCAGUAUCCCGUGUUACCGAAAAAAAUGCAAGAGUUUCUUUCGGAGUGUUUCAAGCGAGACAUACAGGUUAUUUUAGCGUCUGGUGAUGAGUACGUGAAGAAUCCAAACGUGGAUAAAGAUACUCCCCUCGAAGAUAUACAAUUUCACGAAAGUACUCGCGGUACGCAUACUACUCAGUCGUCUUUAGAGUGGAGCAACGAAGAUCACCCCAUGAAAGAAUAUUUCAGGUAUAUAGCGCACUUAUUUGAAAACGUGCCACCCCUUUCUGAACAAGAAGUCAUCGAACGCGAUUACCGGGACAAAGUGCAAGCGCCUUUACAACCGUUGGCGGAUAAUUUAGAGAGCGCGACGUACGAAGUCUUCGAGAAGGACGAUUCAAAAUACGACGCUUACGAAGAUGCCAUCGAGUUAGCUUUGCUAGAUAUCAAAGAUACCGUGAGUGAUAUCAUUCGCGUUGCCGUCGUUGGUGCUGGCAGAGGACCACUCGUUAAAGCAACCAUAAAUGCCGCGGUAAAAGCCUCGGUCUCGAAUCGAUUGAAAGUUUACGUGGUGGAGAAAAAUCCGAACGCGGUGCACACUUUACGCCACCGAGCUCAAAGCGAAAACUGGGCCGACGUGAAUGCAGAAAUUUUUCACAGCGAUGGUCGCAUAUGGGAAGCGCCUGAGAAGUGCGACGUUCUCGUUUCGGAACUUUUAGGAUCCUUCGGCGAUAACGAACUCUCGCCGGAAUGUUUAGAUGGCGCGCAGCGGUGUUUGAAACCGGAAACAGGAAUUUCCAUACCGCAAGAGUAUACGAGUUACCUCGCGCCAAUGACGGGUGCUGCUGUCCAUCAAGCGUGUUCAUCGACUGUUUCUCGCGAUUUAGACUUGAAGGCAAAAGAAACUCCGCACGUGGUGAAGUUGUACCGACACCAUCUCCUGGACGAAGCGCGAGAGGUGUUCACCUUCAAGCAUCCGAGACGAAUAUCAUCGAAGGAAAAUACAGGAAAAGCGUAUUCUCGAAACGAGCGCCACGCUGUCAUCGCGUUCACUUUGAAGGACAAGUGUGCCACUCUCCACGGCUUUGCUGGCUAUUUCGACGCGCUCCUUUACAAGAGCUCGCGAGCAAAAAAAUCCGUCAACUGUUCCAUCCAUCUCCCGACGCACACGAGAAACAAAGACACGAACGAACUCAUGUUCAGUUGGUUCCCGAUCUUCUUUCCGAUCGAUAUGCCUAUCGACAUGAGGUCUAAAGAUCCUCAAUCCCCGAAUGAAAUCAUUUUACGCGUGUGGAGGUGCGUCAGCUCGAGCGCGGUGUGGUACGAGUGGCAGUGCGAAUGUGGCGGGCAAUCCACGCGAGUGUUCAACGCCAAAGGCAGGAGCUCCAAGAAAGCAUCCAUCUUUAGUAGUAGUAUCGCCACGAUUAAAAGAACGAACACGUCUCGUCUCGCGUGCACGUCGUCCAAAUCUUCUUCUUGCGAUAAUGCCAAACUUUCGCGCGCAAACUUCGUCCGCGUUUCCAUUCCAUCGAUGCUCCUCCUCAUUUCCCCUAACGCCGCGAACGCCGCGGAAGAGCUCAUGAAACACAACGAACAGGCAUCGACGUUUUACCAAGACUGGCCGAACGCGCAACCGUCGGAUAUCAUAGCUUUUGUCACGCAAAAAGCAACGCGAGGCGAUCCCAAAUCAAUCUUACACGCGAUGGAUUUAUUCUGGUCGUUUUAUCCCACGUACAACCUGGGAAAAGUAAAGCAAGAGAUUUUACGAGACGUGGAAAGGGAGUGUAAACCAAUUAAACUGAUCGAGUUCGGGACGUUUUUAGGGUACUCGGCGAUUGCCACCAUGGACGAGAGCAGAGAGAAUGGAACUUUAGAAGACCCGGAGUUUUUGUUGGUGUGCGUGGAAGCGGAGCCGUUACACGCGGAGGUUGCGGUGACGUUGUUAGAGUACGCCGGAUUCGACGAGACGAAGGUGAAAGUCAUCACCGGGAGCGCGAACGCGAGCGUACCGGAAGUGAAGAGGCUAUUGAAAGGACAGGUUGCAGAUCAGGUGUUUAUGGAUCACUGUAAACCGUGUCUGAAACCGGAUUUGGUGAGUUUAGAGGAAGCUGGGAUGAUUCAAAAAGGCACCGUGGUUAUCGCCGACAACGUCAUAUACCCGGGAGCUCCAGAUUUUCUGGCGUAUCUAGAUGCGAACGGGUACACGACGGAGUUGAAAGAAGCACCGUUUGAAUACGACCGAAGCGUGUGGGACAAAUCGUGGACGAAAAAAGACGACGCGGUGAGCGUGAGCGUAAAGUUGUGA